AUGGCGCUUAGAUACGCAGCUCUGGGCCUUGGCAAGGCGGCUCUUAGCCUGGCCUCCUGCUCGGGGACUUCGCACAUCCCGGGAGAGACCUGGCAGGCUGCGCUGUCGCUGUCGAGGAGUGCGGAGCAGCUGCAGUUCAGUGCCGGCACCUGGUCCGAGUGGAGCAAGGCCUGGCGACCCCUGGCCAUGGAGGUGGUAAGCGACUUUGACGGGAGUAUGGCAGAUUGCCCGGAGGGCUCGGUGGCGGCUUUAGCGCACGGGCUCCUUGCGGUGGACGAGGUCGACGGCCAUCUCUCCGUGCUCGAGAUCAUCAAGAUGAUGCAUCACAAGCUCAGUGACCUCCAGCUUCCAGCAUUUCCCCUAGAGCCCGCCGAAUGGCAGCAGCACUGGCUGAUGGUGGUCUCCUCCAUGUUGCGGUUCAUGUAUCUCAAGUGGGUGAACAUGCCCCACGACAAUGACUUCGCAGACGCGAACCAGGAAGACUCCUUGAGUCCUGCAGUCCUCCGGCCGCAUCACGACUUCCUGUUCAGGAACUUCGUGGACAAGUUCGUGGCCAGUGGCGUGCGCGCACACCUUCAUGUUGACAACCACACCAGCUUCUUCAUUUUACCAGUCAUCCUUUGCGUGGACGAAGCUCGAGUCUCGAGAUCUCCCUCGAUCUCCCUCGCCUCUCGACCAUUCUCGACCCCUCGGCCUGGUCCCACAGCCUGCCCGCCCCUUGGAAGAGUCUCGGUGCGUCUCUACGAGCGCGAGUCUGCUUUGGGGGGGCGCCUGGGUGCCGCGCGUCUGGCGGAGCACUGGGUCGGCCUCGGCACGACCUACGUCAAGGCGAAGGACCCACUCUUCAAGGCCGCCGUCCGGAAAAAUGAGGACUGUCAGAUUACGAUGAUCUCCCUGUGGCAGGCAGAGAUGGCGAAGUGGGAAGAGCUGGGUCUCGCUUCUGAGUGGAUCGUAGGUGCUUCUGGCACGUCCCUGCUACCGACCAAGGAAGCUCCAGGAGGCUUCAGCGAGAGGCCGGAGCUCAAAGCCCCUACGGACCGCUGGCACGUGGGUCGGCCCAGCAUGGAAAGCUUGGUGGAGCUCUCCCCAGAGGAGCUGAAGCACAUUACUCGCUGUGGCGAAGUAGCUUCCGUCAGCUGGGAAGAGGAGCUCGAAACGUGGUUGCUGAACGGAAGUGAUUCCGUUUCAGCGCUGAUCCUGGCCCUGCCGUUGGCUCCGCUGCGAUCCUUACUGCCGGUGGGGACGAUCGAAGCCAUGUUACCGGCAGACCUACUGGAGAAGGAUUUUGAAAAGGCGCGGGUCGCUGCCGCUUGGGUCUUCGCAGCACCACUGGAGCUUCCGUUCAGGAUAGCUUUCGUCAAGGACUCUCCCAUCUCGCUCGUCCUGAACGACUCCUCGCGGCUUCAACAAGGCAGUGAGAAGGCCGAGGUGUGGGUGGUGCAGACCACAACAGAGUGGGCAGCCCAAUACAUCAAGGAGGCGAUGCCCGAAGCAGAGGUUUGUGCGGUGUUGCUCCGUGAAUUUGCUCGAAUCCUUGGGAAAGAUCUACCUGCAGUGCAGCAGCAGAAGGCCUUGACCUGGGUCUAUGGCGACAUGGACUACAAGCUUGUCGAGGGCCAUGCAUGGGAUGCGAAGAGGCGACUGGCUUUGGCCGGGGACUGGUGCUACAACGGACGCGUUGAAGGAGCCUGGCUGAGCGGGCAUCAUGCUGCCAAGAGAGUGUUGCAGGCCCUUGAGCUGUAA